CAUUAUUCUUUCAUUAGUACAUAAACCUCAACCAGAAAUUUCCUUACCUAAAGUCUUGUAAUGCCUAUUAUCUAAGUGACCUGGUGUUUAAUAUUUGUUGCUUGCACCUCUUGCAAGGAGUGCAUACUUGUAUACUUGCAUGUUCACUGUUUCAUGAUAAAAUGUGGCAGUGUCGCUUCCUUAAUAAUAUCUAGUUGAAUGUAGUCUCCUUUACAUUUAAACUAUGCAGAGUCAGGGCCAAGAGCCAAAAGUUGGUAGAGUCACCUUUCUUGGUUAUAAAAAUCUUGAUUUGGGGUUUCCUCCACCUUCCCACCUUGUGAAUACCAUAACAACAAGAACAAGAAGCCAUUGCACUUUAUGGAGUAAUAUUUCCUCCCCUCUGCCAAAAAGAGAAAAAUGAAAUUCCCUCUAUACCACCUGGUUACAGGAAAGGAGCAAAACUUUAUAGCGUAGUUCAUAUGAGAACAAUCAUACUCCAUCCUCCUUGAUAUUGACAUAGACUAGUUGUAUCAGUGCCAAAGAGGAGUGCCCUUGACAUCUUGCGGGGAUUCUUGAUAGGCUGCUUUUAGAACGAGAUGCAAGAGUGUCUUUGAUUGAACUUUUCUGGAAAUAACAAGGGUGAGACAUUUGUAAUCGUUUGACAAGUAUUGAGAGAGAGCGUGAGAUUUCAGUGGGAAUCUUUCGUGCUCCUUUUCCACAUUUUGUUUCCUAAUCCUAUCUCAAACGAUACUUCAUCUCAAAUCUUUAUUUCCAAUGGUCAGUUUGUUGGAUCGGAUAUAUAGGACAGUAGUGCUGCGACAAGUGAUAAUAGUUGGAUGUCUUUGCCUCGAUUGAGUAUUCACAUAAACACAUUCUGUCGUUCUGUCAAUUAUGCAUGAGAUUCUGGGGAUUAGAUGAAUUAGGUAUGAUAUGAUGCUUCGAUUUCAACUCAAACUCUAUCUGUUAAGAACCUUGAGAGCUAUUCAUCUUAAUCAUUCAUGCAGUCAAGCAUUCUCGGGGUUUGUUGAUUGCCUUCUGGUGGGCCAAUAUAUUAUAUGGCAUCAAAGAGAUGAUUUCAACAAUGAAGUGCUAGAGAAUGGUAAUAAAGAACAAAUGCUUGUACUUGUUCAAUGUAACAGUUGAUGGUUAUUUUUUCCUAAUGUCCUGGUCCUGCUUGUAAUGGUCGUAGUGUAUUAGAAGAGAGAUCAUGUUUUCCUGAGGUAAUCCUUCAGAUGAGAAUGUGGCGCCCCUGGGCAGGACUGCCUGCUCUGCAUGAAUCCACUGUUGUGUCAGUCAUGUUCUUCUACUGCUGUCCUUAAUACAACUCUUCACUCUGCUCAACCAUGUGCGGUGAAAAAAAAAAAAAACCAUGUGUGGUGAGGCAAACCUCUCGUUUCCUUUUAUUUCUCUCUAGGCAGCUCUCUUGCUCAUGUUGCCACUGAGCUCUUGGAAUCAUCUUUGAUGGGAAUUAGGCUCCUUGAAAGGCUAACUGUGAGAUAUCUUGUCUGAUUACUCAUGGGAGGAAAUAAAAGAUUAAAUAAAAGAAGCUCUCACUCAUCUGACAGGAAUUGUUCACAGCCAGUGAAAGAAUGAAUUUUGGAGCAGCUAAGAAGAUGAGAAUUAUAAAUAAAGCACAAUUGCAGAGACUAUCAACAGUUGAUCUUCCUGAAUUUGAAAGAAAUUUAAAAAAAAAAAAUUCCCAUGGGGUUGCCAAACUUGAAGGAGGUUCAUAGUUAACUUUAUUUUCUUUAUGUCGGGUUCGGUUGAAGUGAGUUUAUAUCCCCACCUCUCUCUCUUUCUCUCUCCAGGGUAAAUCCAUAACUCAUAGGGAUGAAUCACUUCUACGUCAAGGAUUAGCUUUGAAUGAUGACUUGCAGCGUGUACUUGCCAAGCAUGAAGUCAUUGCUUCUGGAAGUUCAGUUCAGGCUGAGAAACCCCGCCGGGACCUUCUGGCACCAUGACGGAUGUCAAAGGUCCUCUACUUGAUAUUGUAGAUAACAGCACAAAGCCUGAUGAAAGUUUCUGGCCAAUUGAGCUAUAAGAAGUGGGAUUUUCUGCAGAUCAACAUCAAGUGCCGGUACGGGGUCCAGCUAAACUUGAUCCAAAAACGGACCUUCUCAGUGGAGAGGACUACAGCUCUCCUAAAGGCAGAGACUUCACUAGCACUAGUGCCUGUUGGACACCCACAGUCAACUGCAUCUCAGUCACAGCAGAAUGCACUUGUUCUUUUCAAUGUGUUUUCGGACAGUAACAGCAAGCCCAAUACUAUCAAUACCCAGAGUGGCUAUCCAACUACACAAAGCAAUCCUUCUACUCCUCAAUUCCAACAGCAGCAGAAUCUGCAAGCUCCACAACUUGGGGUUUAUGCUAAUGGCAACAUGCCAAACAUGGGAUCGAACGAGCAUGAUCAGUCACCUUAUUCUCAAAGCUCUGUUCCUGUUUGGAAUGGCCAUAUUGCGCAGCAGCAACAGCCUCCCUCUCCUGUCUAUCGUGCUCAAACUAGUGAUUCGCUACCACCACCCCCUUGGGAAGCUCAGUCAGUGGAAAACAGUCAGGUGAUGGGCAGUCAGUACCCCCAACCAAUGCAAGGUUCACAGGUGGUCGUCCUGCACGCACAACCUGCACUGAGUGGAUUGCAUCUCCAGGCAGCUUAUCCAAUGGGGAAUGAGCAAGCGAUGGGCGUGUACUUGCAACCAGUCGCAGGUGGCCACAUGCCAUUGCUGAAUAGCCAGGUUGUUCCGAUAAACCAAAUGGUAGGACUUACCACCUCAGCCCAUCCAAGGAGGUCCUUAUAUGGGGAUGGUUCCUCAGCUAAUGCAAGUAGGUCAGAUGGCUUAUUUAUAUCCCCAGCAAAUGUAUGGCAGCCAGGUGGCAGCCUACGGCUAUGGCCAACAAGGUGCUCAGUACCUUGACCAGCGGAUGUAUGGGCUAUCGGUUAGAGAUGACAGUAGCUUAAGGAACUCUUCAUACCAGGUGUCCACUUCAACAAUAACAGAUACUUAGUAUCUCGAAA